UUAGCUGAUACCGCGAUUGGCUAAGAAGACCCAAAAUUGAGCGCGUAUCUGCAGAUGACCCCGCCCAAAGGGGAGACUCACACUGCGGCCUCUGCGAUUGGACCGCACUCCGGGGACAGGCGCGAAAGGGGGAGCUACUGAUCAGAGACUCGGAGUCUGAUUGGCCACGACCGUGACGUAAAAGGAAACGUUGGGCUCCGCCGGCCGGGGCAGCGCAGAUUGGCUCCUCACGCUGUGGGGGCGUGGUUCCGGCUCAGGACGGGCACCGAUUGGGGUUUGGAAAGAUGGGCAGGUCCAACACGACCCAUUCAGACGGCGAAACCUGAGGAGCCCGCCCCCUCCCUUCAUGUGGGCCUCUCAUUGGCUGCCUGCUGUCGCCCUGGUGACGUGCUGCCGCUGUCCCGGGCGCAGCUUGCGGCGCGGCGGGGGGGGAACGCUCGGGAGCGGACGGGGCGCGGUGCCCGGGGAACUCCCCGCCACUGGCUCAGCCCGGCCCGUGAUCCACCCGCUGCUGAGCGGGCGCUCGGCGCUGAUGGCGGGGGCGGCCCAGCCUGGCCGCGCCCGCCGGGCCGGGAGGUGACGUGCCGCUGCCGAGUCCGAGGGCGGGGCCCAUGGCCAGAAUCAGCAUUUCCUGCCUGUGCCCAGCAUCAUGGCAUUUCACUGUGCCCCUGGUGAGCCUGUGUCCCCGUCAGCGACUGGCCCUGCUGGGACUCUUUCUUGGAGUCUGUCUCCUGCUACUCAUGGCAGCCACAGAUCUGCGCCAUUGGGGCUCCUCUCCCCACCCAGACAAGCAGUUUGAGAGGUACCUGGCACGGGUGGGAGACCUGCAAGCUACAGACACAGAGGACUCAAUGCUGAACUACGGGAUUGUCAUUGAUUGUGGGAGCAGUGGCUCCCGGGUCUUCGUGUAUUUCUGGCCACCGCACAAUGGGAAUCCUCAUGACCUUUUGGACGUCAAGCAGAUGAGAGACCAGAGCAGCCAGCCUGUUGUCAAGAAAAUCAAGCCAGGGAUCUCCGUGCUGGCAACAACUCCUGAGCAAGCCAGUCACUACAUGCGCCCGCUGCUCAGCUUCGCUGCAGCUCAUGUGCCGGUAAAGAAGCACAAGGAGACUCCGCUCUACAUCCUGUGCACGGCAGGCAUGAGGCUGCUGCCUGAGAGACAGCAGGCUGCGAUCCUGGAGGACUUGGUGAGGAAUGUGCCCCUGGAGUUUGAUUUUCUCUUCUCCGAGUCGCAAGCUGAAGUGAUCUCAGGGAAGCAGGAAGGGGUCUAUGCCUGGAUUGGGAUCAACUUUGUCCUGGGGAGAUUCGAUCAUGAGGAGGAGGAGGAUGCGAUGAUCACUGUGGCCCUGGGGGGUCAGGCGGAGUCCCUGGUGCGGAAGCGGACAGUGGGGAUCCUGGACAUGGGUGGUGCCUCUCUGCAAAUCGCCUACGAGGUGCCCAGCAUGGAGACCUUCUCCUCCCCACAGCAGGAGGAGGCUGCCAAGAGCCUGCUGGCUGAGUUCAAUCUGGGCUGCGACGUCCAGCACACGGAGCAUGUGUACCGUGUCUACGUCAGCACCUUCCUGGGCUUUGGAGGCAACUUCGCACGGCAGCGCUACGAGGACCUUGUGCUGAACCAGACCCGCGCCCACAACAGGCUGCAGGGCCAGCAGACGGGAACAAGCGCCGAGACACCCUUUCUGGAUCCCUGUCUGCCUGUGGGACUCGAGGACACAGUAGAAAGGGGUGGCCAGACCCUGCAUGUCCGAGGGCAAGGAGACUGGCAGGCCUGUGCGCAGCUGCUGCGCCCUCUGCUGGCAGGGGUCAACGUCAGCCAGGCCUCCCUGACCCACACUUACCAGGCGCCCAUUGACUUCAACAACAGCGAGUUCUACGGCUUCUCUGAAUUCUUCUACUGUACUGAGGAUGUACUGCGUCUCGGGGGCCUCUACCAUGCACCCAGCUUCACCCGCGCUGCCCAGGAUUACUGCGGCCUGAGCUGGUCAGUGCUGACUCAACGGUUCCAAGAGGGCCUGUACUCAUCACAUGCGGACCAGCAUCGGGUCAAGUAUCAGUGUUUUAAAUCUGCCUGGAUGUACCAAGUCCUUCAUGAGGGCUUCCACUUUCCCCUGGAUUACUCCAGCCUGCACACGGCCCAGCUGGUGUAUGACCGUGAGGUGCAGUGGACCCUGGGAGCCAUUCUCUAUAAAACACGGUUUCUGCCACUCAGGGAUCUCCGGCAGGAGAGCAGCCGGCAGGCCCACAGCCCCUGGCUCCGCCUCUCCUUCGUUUACAAUCACUAUCUCUUCUUCGUCUGCAUUCUGGUGGUGCUGCUGGCCAUCAUCCUCUACCUGCUGCGGCUGCGCCGCAUUCACAGAUGCCAGCUCCGCUCGGCUCCGCUCAACCUGCUGUGGCUGGAAGAGGUGGUGCUGUUGCCAGGCCAGGAACUGGGGCCCUAACCCUGCCACAGCCCAAGAAUCUGUCUGAGCCACAAUUCAACCUGCUUCUAGGUUCCAGUUCCAGCAUCUGAACUGGAAUCUAGGCGGGAUGGCAAGUGCCCAAAGUCUCCUGUCAGGAGGUCCAUCAUCUCCUCCUCCUAGUGCCAGAACCAGAGUCUGACAGGUCCUAAGCAGCACAGGACAUGGCUCUGGUGCUUGUAUUUCUGACAAAUGCAAAGGCCUGAAGGCAAGAGAGGUGACACUCACUGAGAGGUAGCAUCAGCAAGGCAGAGCUAGCAUUUCCUACUCAGGAAAGUGUAAAGGCAGCACCGUUGUAGCAUUUCCUCUCAUCUGCUGUCUUGCAAACCUAUGGAACUCACUGUGCCAAGAUAUCAGAGAGGCCUAGAGUUGGUAGGAUUCAGAGAAUGACUAGACACUUGAGGGACCAACAAGUACAGCUGCUGUUCCCUCUGAAAAGUCAAUCCUCAAGGUCUUACCUAAGCCAGCUUCUGCCUGCCACAGAGCAGGGAUCCCGAGCCCCUAAGUCUCUGUCCUUUGGCCCCCUUGGGGACACAGAGGAGCCCUUGCCCCUCCUGUCUUCACAGCCAGGCUGCAGCCUUUGCUCAGUUUUUCUCUCCAAGGGGACAGGACUGGGACCUGGAACCUUGGUCCUGGCUCUAUGUCCAGGCUGUGCCUGCAGCAGUUGUAGGAUUGGCUGGAGCUAGCCAGCAAGCAUGACAUGCUCCCUGGCUCCAGGGAGUUGCUGAGACAGUUUUUGGCCUGUCAUGCCCAAAGGGCCAGAGUCCCUCAUCCCAUCUUCACUGAAGGAGAGGGGUUUGACCCCACCAAAAGGGCUGAGCAGCAGUGAGUCUGUUUCCAUUGAUGUGUCCUGUUCCCAACUAGUGGGGUACCCUAUGGUCCAUAGGGCAUAAUGCCCCAGUCUGAGCCAUGCGGUUUCUUGAUUUCAGACAGGGGGAAGCACUUAGAAACUUCAUAGUUUUGUGCUGAACUGGGUUUCUUCUACCAGAAGCUGUUUGAAUGAACAUUCUCCCUAAGCCCCCAUCCCAGCCUCUGGGCUUUAAACCUCCCUCCAGCCCAUCUGUUUGGUAAAAAGGUGCACAGCCCAACUGCUGCAUCCCAGCAGCUCUCACCCUAGGGAGGGGCUCUUUGCUACCUCAGCUGGAUUACAUGUGAUGUCUUGUAGGGGCUGAUAAGACACUGGCCUCAGCAACAGGACUGGAAGGGCCACUAGCUUGUUCUCUGGAAGGGGAGGCAGUGCUUGUCCAUGGGUGGGCAGGGGCCUUCCUCAUUCAAACCCUAUCCCACACUCAUUUGCUGCCAAAUCACUUUCCCUGCCAAGGACAGCACUCCCUCCCCCAGCCAGGGCUGGCUCAACUUGGCCAUGGAACCCCUGCUGUAACCUGGCUCCAGAGAGUAGCUCUGGAAUUCUUCUGGUCAGAACUGCACUGGGUUUCUGCAGGGUUCUGAGUUUUCCCCUGGAGGAGGGAGGACGGACUGGUCUGCCUCCAUAGCCAGAUCCAUGUCUUCAGCCUCCAGCCCCUGCAGAGACUCCUUUGUGGUGCAGGUAGGCAGGCAAGGGUGUGCAGCCUCCAUAAUCUAAGCUGGCUGCACACCCUGCAACUGGUUCAUUUUCAAACUAUGCCAAGGGAACAACUAUACCUGCUUAUGCUCCACACAGUUCACUUCCACACCCUCAUGUCCUGCCCUGAUAUCAAGUGGUGGGACUAUCUACCACCUGUAGAGAAGGUGAGGAACCCCUGUGGACCAGCCUCUAUGCUACACUGGUCUCACACCCCACCAGGGAUACUGAGACCUCCUCCUAGCCCUGGACAAAACAGCCAUAUAUACCAUGAGUAGGAGGGUACUGGAUGAGGGGGUGCUCUGCGACUGGGACCUAUUUCUGGUCCUCCCUGGUCUCAUGCAUCCAGGCAGAGUUCCUCUGGUUGGCGCCCACUGGCUCCUUAAACAGGUUUGAGGAGCAGUGGGGACCGUCUGCUCAGUGUCCCCAUCUGGAACUCCCCUCCCUGUUAUUCCUUAGUUGCCCCUGUAUUCAUUUGGAUUCUUGGUCCAGUGGUCCCUCCCACAAGGUUGAGGGAGGGGCCUUUAGACACAGGUGGUCUCACACCCACCUGCCUCCUGGAAAUUCCCAUAAGGCCUCCCCUCCUUGGGCCGGGCCCUGCCUCCACUGUUGAAUGCACUUGGAUUACUUGAACCCCACCUACUCCAGUUACUAGAGCAAUAAAUGAUCCAUCAGCCACCCA